AUGUCCCCGUUGCACGACUACCGACUUCUCUCCUUCGACGUCUAUGGAACUUUGAUAGACUAUGAAACCGGUAUACUAUCAGCUCUAGAGCCUUUCUUCGCUUCCAAUAAUCGCACAGAUAUUCCCCGUCUUAAGGUGCUAGAGGCAUACCAUGAGUGCGAAGUCAAGCAGCAACAGGAAACCCCUGAUAUGCCGUAUUCUCAGCUCCUCUCUGCUAUACACCACCAACUCGCCACUAAGCUAGGCUUAGCACCACCAACAGCCGAAGAGUCACGAGCUUUCAGCAAUUCGGACAUCGGCUCGUAUAAGCCAAAUCCUCAGAAUUUUGAGUAUAUGCUCAAAGAAGUCAAGGAAAAGUUCGGGGUCAACAAGGACCAGGUCAUACAGACAGCACAGAGCCAAUUCCAUGAUCAUCACCCUGCACGAGUCAUGGGAAUAAAAUCGGCUUGGAUUGUGAGACCGGGUGUCAUCAUGGGUAAUAGGGAGAAGGAAAUCUAUGACUGGAAGUUCAACACAUUAGGAGAUAUGGCUGAUGCACUUGAAGCCGAGUUGGGUGCAUCAUAA